AUGAAUCCGAGCGCAGGUUCAAAUUCCAAAGCACUUAAGGCCACAGAAAUCACUCUUCCUCACUGUUCCUCUUCAAAUUCAAAUGCACCGCCACCAACUACUUCUGGUGAUCUUUGGUCUGAACUCUUUGCCGCUGAAACGCACCACCAUCAACAAAUCCAGGUCGUUUACCACCGAAGAAACCUUCGCAAUAACCACAAUGAUUCCAACUCAACGGCUUCCGAUUCUAGUCGACCGCGUCUGUGUCGGGUGAGUUUGGCCGAUCCAAACAAGCGAGUCAGUUGGAAUCGUUCUCUUUCCACCAGAGGAAGGACAAGUAUAGCGGUGGGUGCUUGUCUGGUUUACCAGCCUCAGUUGAAGCAGGACAAAAGAAAAGGGAAACCUGCUCUUCCCAAAGGUAAGUUUGUUCAGCCGCCAAACUUUGAAAAGGAGAGGCUAUACUUUCAAGAGGUUGAUGCUUUUGAGUUGUUGGAGGAGAGCCCCUCACCCAAGAAAGUUGGCACAUGGAACUCAGGCAAUAUGGCAGAAGAGGGCCCAAUACCAGCUCCAUGCUCCAGAUUAGAAAAAUGGUUACACUCCAGAACAUUAAACCCCAUCUCUGGUCCCUCGAGCACACUGUCCAAGAUAUUAGAUACUCCAGCCACGACUUUGGGAACUAUUCAUGAUAUUGAUUUGAAUUCUUUAGACUUGAGAACAUUGGAGCGAACUGAGCUUAAAUCACUUCUGCAUACUGUCAAAACUGGAGACAAGAAAAGUUUAAUAAAUGACAGUCUUAUUAAGAAUGAAAUUAAUUUGCAUACAAAUGAUAAGAAGCUGUUUGCUCACAAUGAAGGAUACGAAGAGAUUGAAGAUGCUGUUAGGAAACUUUCUCUGGCAUCGACAUCAUCUUUGGUAGACGGUGACCAUAUUAAUCCAUUUUCUGCUUUAUUAGAAAUUUGUGGACAGUCUGUACCUUCAACAUUACGAGAUAUGUUCUCUAGGUAUUGGGAAGGCAUUUUUUCUUUUUACAGUGGUUCAGAAACUAUUGUGAAAGUUGGUGAAGGAACAUUUGGAGAAGCAUUCAAGGUUAACAAUUACGUCUGCAAAAUUGUUCCUUUUGAUGGGGACUUCAGAGUGAAUGGGGAAAUUCAAAAGAGAUCAGAAGAAUUACUGGAGGAAGUGCUUCUUUGCAAAAUUCUCAAUCAAUUGAGAGGAAAAGAUGGAGAUUCGGAUAAUUUAUGCAGAGCAUUCAUAGAUUGCAUAGAAUUUAGAGUAUGUCAGGGUCCUUAUGAUGCAACACUGAUUCGAGCUUGGGAAGAUUGGGAUCUUAAACAUGGUUCAGAGAAUGAUCACCCAAGGGAGUUCCCAGACAAACAGUGUUACAUGGUAUUCGUACAAGAACAUGGUGGCAAGGAUCUUGAAAGUUUUGCGCUCCUGAAUUUUGACGAGGCGAGGACUUUGCUGGUUCAGGUUACAGCUGGGCUUGCUGUGGCUGAGUCUGCGUAUGAAUUUGAACAUCGUGAUCUUCACUGGGGAAAUAUACUUAUCAGCCGAAGUGAUUCUAUAACGUUGCAGUUCACUCUUGAUGGCAGGACAAUGUUGGUCAAAACGUAUGGAUUGAUAAUAUCUAUUAUCGACUUUACUUUAUCAAGAAUAAACACAGGUAAUAGAAUACUGUAUUUAGAUCUUUCUUCUGAUCCUGAACUUUUUAAAGGACCAAAAGGGGACAAACAGUCAGAAACAUAUCGGAGGAUGAAGGAUGUGACUGAAGAUUGGUGGGAAGGACGUUAUCCUAAAACCAACGUGUUAUGGUUGAUCUACUUGGUAGACAUACUCCUCACGAAGAAAUCAUUUGAACGUAGUACAAAGAACGAGAGAGAUCUACGCUCCUUGAAGAAACGUCUUGACAAGUAUAAUUCGGCCAAGGAAGCACUUCUUGACCCCUUCUUCACUGACUUGUUCGUUGAAUCUGAACCAAAAGCUUAAGAAGCUAAAAGCUCUGGUAAAUAC